GACAUAAUUUUUUUUUUGACUGUACUCAUCUUCACUCACAAGUCACGAGAAGAAACAAAUCAGAAAGAUUUGAUUUCAGAUCGAAUCAAAAGAUCAAAGCUCCGAAAGAAAGAGUGAUUUGAAGAGAAAUACUCCUUGUGGGCUUCGUAAGAAUAAGAGGGAUUUUGAUUCCCCCUUCUCCAUCUCCUGGGUCAUCUGAUUUGAGAAACAAGACGAAUCUUGAAGGGGAACUAGUCAAGUUUUCUGAUCGCCUCUGUUUCUCAAGCAUAACUCAAAGAUGGGCCGGUCGUUACUUGAGCCGGAAGCAAACGCACCCGCCGAAGCAAACCCUAAAAGCAGAACAGGCUUUAACGACACCUACUUCGACACUAACAUGGUCAUUAUUUUAGCUGCUCUACUCUGCGCUCUAAUCUGUGCUCUAAGCCUCAACUCUGCCUUGCGCUGUGUGCUGCGCCUCACAAGGAGAUUCACUUCGGAUGACCCAGACGCUUCAAACGCAAACGCAAAUUCAGGACAUUUAGCGGCUACCACGGGGCUGAAGAAACGGGCGUUGAAACAAAUCCCCGUGGGAUUGUACGGUUCAAGGAACAUUCAUAUGAAAGCAACGGAGUGUUUGAUCUGUCUCGGAGAUUUCGUGGAAGGAGAGAAAGUUAGGGUUUUGCCUAAAUGCGACCAUGGCUUCCACGUGAGGUGCAUCGACACUUGGUUGGUUUCACGUUCCUCUUGUCCUACUUGCAGACAACCGCUUCUCCUUGAGUAACCGUCGCCGAUGUGUGGUGGUUCUCGGGAUGAUGACGUGGCAGUUUCUGUCGUAGGGACAUAACUUGAUUGUGAUUUCUUAACUUUGCUCCUCUGUCUCAGGUGGGCGUGGCUUUUGUUGGUUGGGUGGUUACGUAAUUGUUUCUUAUUUUAUUUUGUGCAAAUUAAUGUGAUUGUUUACACAUAUACUAUAUUCUUGUGCGCUGGUGAAUUUAAUGUG